AUGUACUGCUCCCCGGCGGUCUCGGGGUCGAAGCCUGGGAACGUGAUCGCAGGGACCUGGGCGGCGAUGGUGCGAAUGGGCCGCGAGGGCUAUGUGCAGUGCUGCGCAGAAAUCAUGGAGGCGCGCGAGACAAUGACCAAGGGGGUUUCUAAUAUCCCGUCCCUGCGCCUGAUCGGCGACCCUGUCGCAAGCGUGUUUGCCUUCACAAGUGAUAUUCUAGACAUCUUUGAGCUCGGAAAGGAGCUUGACAAGCGCGGUUGGGUUUUCAAUCGGCUGCAGUUCCCAUCCGGUCUGCAGUGCAGCGUUACCCUUCUUCACACUCGUAAGGGAGUUGCCCUAAAAUUUGUCGAGGAUCUAUGGGAGUGCACACAUCGGGUAUUAAGUGCUCAGGCGAAAUCUUUCUCAGAGGGUAAAAAGGUAACAAUAAACGCCUCGGGCGUAUCAAUAUAUGGGACGGUGCAACGAAUUCCUGAUCGGGGUAUCAUAAACGACAUUCUCCUGGAGUUCCUUAAUGUCUAUUACACAGUUUAA